AUGGCACACCAGUUUGACCAGUACGAAAUAAUCAACCUUGAACGGGUAAACGAAGAAAACGCCAAAGAGCUGUUGAGCAAGUUGUCACAAAAUCUCUGCAAGACGCCGAGCAUUGGUAGGAGGGAUCAAAUCUGCGAUCCCACCUCCCUACAAUUAUACGGAUGGUGGCUAUUUAGCGCGGCAGCGGUUGUCUACAUGUAG